AUGCUAUCACACGAGAAUGCUCAAUUUCGUGAACAACUUGGCUAUCAACCGCAUUCAGAUGGCGGAGGACCUGCGGACUUUGUCAACUCCAAUGGAAAACGUCCCAUGCUCGGCUCUGAUCGAUAUCGACCAGCAACGUCGAGUUCCCAUUCUAAUCAUACGCCUCAAGGCCCUGACCGUCUCACUCUACCACCUGGCCAGCAACCUCCUAGUCUAUCAUCAAACCGACCUCGAGCUGUGCCAAGUCAUGAACGGCCGGGAUCUAGCCGAUUCAAAGACAAAUACGCAUAUGCAGCUCCCCCUGCCCAACACCAUACUCAACCGCUGUCCUAUGCUCAAGCUGCUCCACGUCGCGCAAAACAGAACAUUGACUCGCAAUCGGCUCCCCAAGUACAGCCAAGAUUCAAGCCUGCUCAAAGCGCCGCACCUUCGGAUAAUAAUGCCCGAUCUAAGCCCCCUCUGACGCAAAUGCAGAAUCAGCCUUUCGCCCCCAAAGCACGAAAUAUGGGACCGCCUCCAACGCCGCAAAUAACGAACAGAGGACAAGUGCCGAUGUCCGCCCGACGAGGAAAUGCGAAUAAUCGAUCGCUCCCACCAGCCCAACGAUUUGCACCGCCUAUGGCCGACCAACAACGGUUUGCGCCGGCAACAGCCAGUGGCGCACCGCAGCGGUUUUCGUUAGAUGGUACUUCGACAUCGCAUGGGCAUGGUGGGAGUAUGAGGGGGGCACAACGAGCGCCAUUUGUCCCAGGUGGAUUUGGAUAA